UAAUAUUUAAGUCUAGUUUAUGUUUUUGUUUUAAUAUUUCAUUUUUAUUAUUAUUGUUAUAUACUUCGCUAUAUUCGCUUCCUCUUUUGAAAGCUUUUCAAAGCUUUCAAAGCUGGGCAGUAUGUUCGCGCCAAGCUCACGCUUCCCUCUCCUACUCCAACGCAUCCUCUAUUUACCUCUCUGUCCCGCAUAAACUCCCGUUAUCUUCGUCCACGCCGCUGAAAACUUGUCAAAAUUAAUAGUCGCAAUUAAACCACCAACUUACGUAUGCGCGCGCGCAACGCGACAAUUUCGCCUGUUCGCUUAAAUUAUGUGUUUUUAUGGUGAAAAGUGAAGAGAAGAAAAAGAAAGAAAAGCAGUGUCAGCCUCAUAUCAGUGAGCGACUGGUGCUUCGCCAUGGAGGAGACGACUCGUCUGGGCCUGCCGUGGCGGAUGCUCAAGGACAAGCUCGUCCGCACCGACCCUGACACGCGCCUCGUGCGGUACAUGGACACUUUCGAUCUGACGGCUAACCGUGGCGGGCGCAAGUCUGAUGCUCAAACAGUCGUCGAGACUCUCUACAAGAACAAAAGAAGCCUGGAGGCGAUAUUUAAGAUUCUCGACAAGGAUAAUUCAGGCUACAUAACGUUGGAAGAAUUUUCCGAAGCUUGCCAGUUACUCGGUAAAUAUAUGCCAAAUCCAAUGACCCAAGAGCAACUUGUGGACAUUUGUAGAUUGAUGGAUAUAAAUAAAGAUGGCUUAGUUGACCUCAACGAGUUCUUGGAAAGCUUCAGGCUUGCUGAAAAGAGUUUGCACGAGGAGGAACACAUGAUAGCUGAGAUUAAAGCUUCCUGACAGGAGCUAGACCGCUAUCCUAGUAGGACAGCGGUCGAUAAAGAUGAGACUGAGGUCGAAAUCGAGCUGUUGAAACUCGACGAUGUUCCCAAUAACGUGCGCCCAAAAUACAAGAAAUCUGGAAGCCGAACGGCUAUCAAUAAGGAUGAAAUUGGUGUCGAUGUUGAAGUACUGAACAUAGAUGAGGAUACUCGCCAAAAUUACAAGAAAAACGGUCGAGCACACUUGAUGGGUAAUGUCGCAAGCUCAUCGAGAGAUGCAGAGGAAAUAGAACUAAUAGAUUGCAAUAGAUCUAAACGGCCAGGCCUUCUAGAAAGUGACAUUUAAAUACUUCCAAUUAUAUUUGAGCAUAUAACUGAUAUUUCCAAGAAUUUUCUAGUCACAUUCGACGAAAAUGACAAAGGCUUUGUUGUUCUCUUUUAAUCUUAAAAAGAGAUUUUAUACAAUGAGAUUUUCCAAGAAAAUUAUCUUUGACAAGAACAGCUGAAGGGUUUGUAUCCAGACUAAUAAAUUACGAGUGUUCUUGAGUUAAUAAGCAUAAUUGUAAUAAAAUUCCUCAUUGAAUUAAAACAGUUAAGUUUACACAGCGAGUAAAGUCACACAUAAUAAUGCUGAAGAGUUUCUAAGAUAAAGAUUAUUUUGUAAACAUAUAGUAAUAAGUCAAAUAAUAUAUAGGUUUACAAGUAUGUAAACAACGUGAACUUAUAGGAUAACAAUGCAAUAUCCCAUUUUAAAUUGAAAUCUAACAAAUUCAAUAUUAUGGUUCGCGUGCCAUCAGAUUUAGCUUUUAUAAUCGGUAAUGUAAUUAAAUUACUGUUACCGACUCUUUCAAUUAUUAUUGUGGUUUAUAAUAAAUAAUUAUUAUAGUGCAUUAAAUUAUAUGGCAUCUAUAUUAUAUUUAAAUUCAAUUAUAUUAUAAUUACCUAACUACGAAUAUGGCGUGUAUACAAUUUAUAGGGUUUAUUAAUGUUUAUACUUUCUAAUGCAUUUUUAAUGGAGCCUAAUCUAAUUAAUUAAAACGUGUAUUAUGUAAAUAUACUUCAAUGAUCGUAAAUACCAAUGAUAUUAAGCGAUUACAUACGUAGAGAGAAAUUAAAAAUUGCGAAUAUAUUUUUUCUUUUUGCUGCUACACAUUAUGAAGUCGCUUCUUUCGAGCUUAUUUGAGUAGUUUUUUUUAUUUUAAUUUCAAUAAAUAAAUUAUUAUACUUAGUGCCAAGCUAUAAAAUAAUUAAGUAUAUAGCUAUAAAUUCAAUUUCUAGAUGUAAAAUUAAAUAAAUAUAUGAAUUUUUCAAAUCGAAAUAGUAAGUUGAUCUAAAAGAAAUGAGAGGUAGACUAAAAAGUGCUAGUGUUUGAAGUUUUAAAUUUAUUUAUUUUAAAAGUUACGAGAUAAAAGCAUAAAUUUAUCAUAACAAUAUAUUGUAACUUUAUAGAUAUCAACAAAUAAGUAAUAUUUAUAUGGUAUACCCUACACCUAAAGGACCUAAACUAUGAAGUGAUUAAAACUGUCUACCUUCGGAAUAUUACGCUAUAGACUUCCCUAAAUUUUCUAUCUUUAAUCGAUGUAACAUUUUUCUGAUAAAAAGAGAAUAAUACUUUCUAGUUUACUACGUAAGUAACUUGUUCAAUGACUUUGAGUCCCAAUAGUCGAUCUUUACGAGGUUCCUUUGGCGAGCAACUUCACUUUGAG